CUCUACAAUUCUUUACGCAAAUAUGCUGCCGCCUGUAGAUCCGGCAACAUUGCAGCGGAACCCGAAUUUCGAGAUACUGUACAAGGAUCUCUGCACACGGAAAUCGAAUCCCGAUGGAUCGACACGGGAUACAAAGAAGCAGCGCAUGCACGAUGAGAUACGGCGGAGUUUAACAACCACCCGCUCCACCCUCCUAUCAACCCAAAUUCUAAUCAGCACCCUAAUCACCCUGCCCUCCCGCGCGCCAACUCUCCCAGACGAACUCCACGCCUGCAUAGCCCUCGUCUCCGCUCUGCUCUCCGGCCAAAUCGCCGAUCCCUCAGACCGCGAGAUCCUCUCCGGAGACAUAACCAUCUUCCUCGACAACAUCGACAUCAUCGCCUCGACCAUCUCAUCACAGCUGGAAACCGUCACCACGCACCUCUGCACCAUCGCGGCUCCGUUGUCUCCGCCAGCACCUACAUUGCUGUCGACAACAGCGGAGAAUCUGGUGAAUGCUGCGACGGUCGAACUACCCCGGGAGCUGGCAACCGCGCGCACGGAGCUUUCGAAUAGUCUCACGAGUUUGCUAGCACUGCACAAACAAACUCUCGAAACCUCGAUCCGGAUCCUCGAGCAAACUCAACACGGCUCCCUAGCACGACACACCAAAGCGCGCGCCGAGCUGUUACACUCACGCGCCACGCUUCUCGGAUUGGAGGCCAAAUGCCACACUUUCGGGCACCCACCGCCCGCCGAGUUCGUACUCGCGCUUAAGGAGUUUAGAAAGAGUCAGAGUACGGGAGAGAGGAGUUUGAGGGAUCGAGAGGCGCUAGCGAGGCAGAGUUUGAGGCUGUAUGAGCAGGCGGGAGAGAAGGGGAUCAGAGAGCUCGCGAAACGGAAGGGGUAUCUUGAGAAUGAAAUGGGGAGGAUUGAGAGGGAGAUUGAGAGUUUGGAGCGCGGGAGGUGAUAGGUUGGGGGUGGUGUGUUGAAGCGUUCCAAUCUAUCAUAAUACUACGAAGAUGAGGAUUGGGGUGGUGGGAGAUCAUAUUGUCUUCUCAGCAACGACCUCAUACUCCUCAUCAACCACCUCGCCAGUUUCCUCGUGCAAGAUCUUCUGUGCGCCCAUUUUGCAGAUCUGCACCCGGUCGAUCCGCACAUCCUCUGCCCAGAUGAAGUCUGCAUACGUUGAGAUUAAGGAAGUGGCAUCGAAGCGCAUCCAGCUCUUCGGGUCUGGGCCAUGUGCCUUACUCCUCUCUUCUACCGCUUUCCCUUUCUCUUCGUUCUCAG